AUGUCGCCUCAACUCCACCGCAACCCCCCUUUCCGUGCCGAGCAUCUGGGAUCUCUCCUGCGAACAGAUGGACUGCUGGAAGCAAAGACGGCCUUUGAGAAGGGACAGCUCCCUAGUGCCGACCUGGCUGUGAUUGAAAACAAGGAUGUCAAGGAAGUUGCUGAAACUCAGAAGAAACUCGGCUAUGCUGCGAUCUCGGAUGGAGAAUAUCGUCGACACAUGUUCUGGGGCACAUUCUUCCCUGGACUUGAUGGCUUUGACGAAGUCACGGAUUUCGACCCGGAUAUCUUCCGUACUUAUGCCCCCGAUAUUGCCGCUUUUCUCGAGGCCGGCCACAAGCCCGGCGAGACUGUCCUCUGCACUGGCAAGAUCAAGCACGUCGGAAGCACGUACAUCAACGAAUUCAAGUAUCUGGCCAGCCUGGUUCCCCCAGAGGAAGUCAAGAACCUGAAACUUACCCUGGCUGCUCCUAACUGGUAUCACUUGCGGUACAAGGAGGGCAAGGCCUAUCCUAAGGAGGUGUAUGCCUCGGACGAGGAGUAUUUUGGCGACAUCGCCAAGGCAUACCAAGAUGAAUUGCAGAUCUUAUACGAUGCCGGCUGUCGCAACGUUCAGUUCGAUGACCCCAACCUUGCUUACUUCUGUUCCGACAAGAUGCUUGACGGCUGGAAAGCGGAUCCCCUGAACGUCCACACUGCCGAGGAGGUCUUCGAAAAGUACAUCAAGCUGUACAACGACUUGCUGUCAAAGCGCCCUGCCGAUUUCCACAUCGGAGUGCACAUCUGCCGCGGUAACUUUGUCGGUAGCCGUCACUUCUCCGAGGGUGGCUAUGACCGCAUCGCGACCAAGUUGUUCAAGGAAUUGAACGUCGACACAUAUUACCUGGAGUAUGACACCCCGCGUGCCGGAGGAUUCGAGCCCUUAAAGGAACUCCCGAAUAACAAGAACGUGAUCCUGGGCGUUGUGACCAGCAAGUUUCCCGAGCUCGAGGACAAGGAGGAGAUGAAGAAGCGGGUUUACGACGCCGCCAAGUUCAUUGCGGAAGGAAACAACAUUUCCGUCGAGGAGGCCCUCAACCAGGUUGGUGUUAGCCCGCAGUGUGGAUUUGCCAGUCACCGCGAAGGGAAUGCCAUUGACCGCGAUGGCAUGAUUGCCAAACUGAAACUGGUCCGAGACAUUGCCAACGAUAUCUGGCCGGGUCAGCUGUAG